AUGUCGUCGCCCGUCCCACUGCUGCGUCCGCCGGUGCCUGGCAACCGCAACAACGCCGGAGGCAGCCCGCGAGCCCCCAAACUCACCUUGGGCAUUCCCCCCUCGCCCAACAGCAAACCCGUCGCCGACAAUGGCGUGCCCGCCGUCGAACCUCAGGCUCUUCCGAUCCAACCCUCACAGCCCCAAGUACAACCGCAGCAACGACCCGGCCGACCGUCCUUGCCCCGCUUGCAACUGGCAACCCCGAUGGGCAGCAGCCAGAAUGUCCCGCAACAAAAUGGUAAACCCGCCGGACUCUCGCUCUCGACCACCGGACUGGGCGUGAAUGGCCAGCCCCCGCUCGGCCACAAGGCCAGCGGUCCGACAUCGUCAAACUCUUCAUACUCGACUCUCAACGUCGCCAUGGAGCUGCGGGAGUCUGGCGGCAGCUCCGACCCCGCCUCUGCCAUCAGCUCUGUGUAUUCGGAUGCAGAAGGCGGCAUGCAGAUGAAGCGUGAUACCAGCGUGAACGGAUUGCUCCCGGAUCUGGAUAAAUUGAGUCUGGAAAAGGGUCGACCGCUCGACGUGGAGGAUCUGGAUGACGAGGGCUGGCAUGCGGCUAGCGAACAGAAGAAGAUUGAGGAGCUUGGAAGUCUGGGUGAAGGUGCCGGUGGUGCAGUGACCCGGUGUAAGCUCAAGGAGGGCAAGACGGUUUUUGCUUUGAAGAUCAUCACCACCGACCCGAACCCCGAUGUCAAGAAACAGAUCGUCCGCGAGCUUAACUUCAACAAGGACUGUGCGUCUUCUCAUAUCUGCCGCUAUUACGGCGCUUUCGUCGACAAGACGUCAGGAACCAUCUCUAUUGCCAUGGAGUUCUGCGAGGGUGGCAGUCUAGACAGCAUCUACAAAGAAGUCAAAAAACUAGGCGGGCGAACAGGCGAAAAAGUCCUCGGCAAGGUCGCCGAGGGCGUCCUGAACGGCCUGACAUAUCUGCACAGCCGCAAAAUCAUUCACCGAGAUAUCAAACCAUCCAACAUCCUACUCUGCCGCGACGGUCAAGUCAAGCUCUGCGAUUUCGGUGUCAGUGGCGAGUUCGGCACCAAGGGCGACGCCAACACCUUCAUCGGUACAUCCUACUACAUGGCCCCGGAACGAAUCACCGGUCAGUCAUACACCAUCACCUCGGACGUGUGGUCUCUGGGUGUGACCUUGCUGGAAGUUGCCCAGCACCGAUUCCCUUUCCCGGCCGACGGAACCGAGAUGCAGCCCCGCGCCGGUCUAAUAGAUCUCCUCACAUACAUUGUCCGCCAGCCCAUUCCGAAACUGAAAGACGAGCCGGAGAACGGUAUUCGCUGGUCGGAGAACUUUAAAUACUUUAUUGAAUGCUGCCUCGAGAAAGAACCCCCUCGACGCGCAACUCCCUGGCGGAUGCUGGAUCAUCCAUGGGUGCAGGACAUGAAGAAUAAGAAGGUCAACAUGGCCAAUUUCCUGAAACAGGUGUGGGACUGGAAGGAGUAA